CAGUCAUAAUACAAAUUACAAAAAAAAGCUUGAUAAAUAUUCAAUUACAAAGUAUACAAUAUACAUUAUUUCUUUUAAUUAUUUUUAUAAUAUAGGUAUUUAGAGUGUUUUAGUUUGUAUAAAUUACAUUAAUUAUAAAUUAACCAAAAUGAGUUCAAUUGGAACUGGUUAUGAUUUAUCAGCAUCUCAAUUCUCGCCUGAUGGUCGAGUAUUUCAAGUUGAAUAUGCCUUCAAAGCAGUUGAAAAUAGCGGAACUGCAAUAGCUCUACGUGGUUCAGAUGGUGUUGUUUUUGCUGUUGAGAAAUUAGUCACUUCAAAACUUCAUGAAGACAGUACAGGAAAAAGGUUGUUCAGCGUGGAAGAUCAUAUUGGAAUGGCUGUUGGAGGAUUAACUGCUGAUGCGAGUGCUAUAUUAGAUGUUGCUCGUGAGGAAGCGAGAUCAUAUCGCCAGAACUACAAUAUGCCUAUUUCAGUGAAAUAUUUAAAUGAACGAGUAUCAAUGUACAUACACGCUCAUACAUUAUACAGUGCUAUUAGGCCUUUUGGAUGUGCUGUUAUUAUUGGCUCUUAUGAUCCUAAAGAUGGUCCUCAAAUGUAUAUGAUUGAUCCAGCUGGAGUAUCAUUUGGAUAUUUUGGAUGUGCUAUUGGAAAAGCUAAGCAAACAGCAAAAACUGAAAUAGAAAAAUUGAAUUUGAAGACAAUGACAUGUAAAGAAUUGAUUAAAGAAGCUGCUAAGAUAAUUUACAUGGUGCACGAUGAGUUGAAAGACAAACAAUUUGAACUUGAACUUAGCUGGGUUGGUAGUCAUACUAAUGGAAAACAUGAAGAAGUUUCAAAAGAUGUAUUUGAUGAUGCUUUGAAAUAUGCUAAGGCAUCUCUAGAUGAUGAUUCUGGUUCAGAUGGAGAGUAAACUAUUGUUAAUAAAUUAAGGAAAAUUGACUUUGUCAAAUUACGGUACAUAAGCUUAAAAAUAUAUUUUUUUUUUAUUUAAUAAAAAACAAUAACAUUUUUGAA